AUGAGGAUGGACACGAGGACCAGGAGUGGAUCUGCAACUUGCGCUGCAAGAGAGGCAAUCCGUGUGCAGGAGAUCUUCACCUCCCACUUCUUCGAAGAGGGUGAGGGUGCUGUUUGGCAUCUGGCAGGGAUUCUUCUUUCCAGGAAGCUGUGCUAUGCCGGGGGAGUUGUGCCAUAUCAGAUUACUACUGCUGCCAUUGGCUUCUCCUUACAGAUUUUCCUGCUAAAUGUUGUACAGAUCGAGGCCUUCUAUGUUUCUCUGAUCCUGUUUGUGAGUUGGGCCUGGGAUGCUGUAACAGACCCACUGGUGGGGUACUUGGUGAGCCGCAGUAGCUGGACACCCAUUGGCAAACUCAUGCCAUGGGAGGUUCUCGCUAUGCCUUUUGGGGUCCUCUCCUAUGUCCUGCUGUGGUUCAUGCCCCAAGGCUCCAUGUCUCAAGCCUUCAGUGUUCCCUGGUACCUCACAGCAAGCUGCCUGUUUGAGACCCUCAUGACUGUAAGAUCUACAAUUUCAUCCGCUGGAUGAGACAUUUCAGCCUGUUAACAUCAAGGCUGUUCUUCUCUUUCUUCACACUCAGCCCCAUCUCCAAGUCUUAAUAUAUAAUAAUAAUAUAUAUGAUAAUAUAUGCCAUUUAGCAGACGCUUUUAUCCAAAGCGACUUACAGUCAUGUGUGCAUACAUUCUACGUAUGGGUGGUCCCGGGAAUCGAACCCACUACCCUGGCGUUACAAGCGCCAUGCUCUACCAACUGAGCUACAGAUCCUCAACCCUCGCUUGCCUUGCUCCAUUUCUGUAAAAUAAUAUAUAUACAAAAAUAAAAAUUAUUUAACCUUUAUUUAACUAGGCAAGUCAGUUAAGAACACAUUUUUAUUUACAAUGAUGGCCUACCCCGGGCACUCACAGUACAGUAUCACAUGUCCCUUUUUUUGCACCAUCACCAUGUUUUCUGUGUUUAUCUCCUGACAGUGUUUUAAUGUGCCUUAUCUUUCGCUGAGCAUGUUUUUGGGUGGAGACCAGAGAGACAGAGACUCUACCACAGCCUACAGGAUGAGUGUGGAAAUGCUGGCGAUGCUGGUGGCCUCAGCAAUUCAGGGUCAGGUUGUGGCUGUAUACAACACAGAGAGGGCUGCAGCCUGUCAACAGCUUGACACCCCUGCGCCACAGACAGUUACACAACAG